AUGGCGGCGGAGGCAGGGCUGCCCCCCGAGCAGGCAGAGCCGGAGGAGGACGAGGAGGAGGAGGAGGAAGACGGGGACGAGGAGGAAGAGGAGGAGGAGGCCGGAGAGAUGAAUGGAUUGGUUGUGUCUGGAAAAAUGGAUGGCAGCAAGCUAGAUGUGGAAGUGUCUGAGCCAGAAAUCAAAGACAAAGUAGUACAGCAAGAGCCAUUAAGGGAAUCUGACAAUAGCAUUUUGGAUGCAUCUUCCGAUUCUCCAAGAGAGAAGCAUAUAUCAAUUCAAAGACAGCUUGCUGAUCUAGAAAAACUAGCUGAUCUGAGUGAGGGUGAGUUUGCUUCAACUAUAUCCCCGAACACAGAUCUUCAAGUUGGAGGUGUUGGGUUUCAUGUAUUUCUUGUCUCUGCAUUUUUAGCUGGAAAGAAGCCUUGCCCUCUAUGUCCUGAAGAGAAAUUUAAAGCUUGCUAUAGCCAUAAGCUCCAUCGCCACCUUCAGAAUUUGCACUGGAAAGUUUCUGUUGAAUUUGAAGGAUACAGAAUGUGUAUCUGUCAUUUACCUUGUCGCCCUGUGAAGCCAAAUCUCAUUGGAGACCAGACCUCUAUGAAGAUGGGAGCCCAUUAUCACUGUAUUAUUUGUUCAGCAACUAUCACACGAAGGACUGACAUGAUAGGGCAUAUUAAGCGUCAUGUGAACAAAGGAGAAACUGAAUCCAGGUACAUUGCAGCCCCUGCUCCUAAGUCUUCUCUUGAAGUGCUGAAAGAAGCAGACACAGAUGUACAAGUUCUUCCUAACUACUCCACACCUCAGAAAACAGAUUCCUAUUUUAAUCCCAAAAUGAAACUUAACAGGCAACUCAUAUUCUGUGCAUUAGCUGUUUUGGCUGAAGAACGGAACCCCUUAGAGUGUUUGGAUGCAUUUGGGGCAACUGGUAUAAUGGGACUGCAGUGGGCAAAGCACCUUGGAAAUUCUUUGAAGGUUACAAUUAACGACUGUAAUGAAAAUUCUGUGACAAUGAUUCAGGAAAACUGCCAUUUAAACAAGAUGAAAGUAGUGAUGACCUCUAAGGAAGAGGAUGACUGUGAUGAAGCUAUGGAAGAGGGAGAAGAAAAUAUAGGCACUAUUGAGGUGACAAAAAUGGAUGCCAAUGUCAUAAUGCAUUUACGAUCCUUUGAUUUCAUACAUUUGGACCCAUUUGGAACAUCUGUGAAUUACCUGGAUUCCGCCUUCAGAAAUGUAAGAAAUCUGGGAAUAGUAUCAGUGACUUCCACAGAUAUUAGUUCCCUAUAUGCGAAGGCUCAGCAUGUUGCCCUGCGUCAUUAUGGCUGCAACAUUGUCAGAACAGAGUACUACAAGGAGCUGGCAGCUAGAAUAGUAGUUGCUUCUGUGGCAAGAGCUGCUGCUCGAUGCAACAAAGGCAUUGAAGUUUUGCUUGCAGUAGCCCUAGAACACUUUGUUCUAGUAGUGGUGAGAGUUUUGAGAGGACCUUCACCUGCAGAUGAUUCAGCAAAGAAAAUUCGGUAUCUCGUCCACUGCCAGUGGUGUGAAGAGAGGAUUUUUCAGAAAGAGGGUAAUAUGGUAGAAGAAAACCCUUAUCGGCAGCUACCCUGUGACUGCCAUGGCAGUAUGCCUGGGAAGACAGCAGUAGAGCUGGGUCCUCUGUGGUCAGGGUCCCUCUUUAAUACUGGAUUCCUCAGAAGAAUGCUGUUUGAAGCUGUUCAGCAUGGCUUAGAUGAGAUUCAGCCACUUCUAAAAACAUUAAUCUGUGAAGCAGAAUGUACAACUCUAAAACAGUUUUCAAUCCAUGGUCCUACAAGCCAGAACAAGCAAGAAGAGUGUGGUGUAUUUAUUAAAACACCAGAUACUUCAACUGACUACUUUGUGGUACAUGGUAAAAGAAAAAGUAAUGAAAUGAUUCGAAACGCAACAAAACGACAAAAGGCUGAGAGCAAUGCUGAACACCCUGCCUUUUAUUAUAACAUCCAUAGGCACAGUAUCAAAGGAAUGAAUAUGCCAAAGUUAAACAAAUUCUUACAGUAUCUGUCCCAAGCUGGAUAUCGAGUAAGUCGAACCCAUUUUGAUCCUAUGGGAGUUCGUACAAAUGCACCCUUGGCGCAAUUUAAAUCUAUCCUUGUAAAGUACAGCACUCCCACUUACACUGGAGGACAGGCAGAAGGCCCUGUCCAGUCAACUGAAGAUGCCCAGUCUGGGGACUAUGUCCACGCUUCAGUAGAUGACAAAUCAGGAAAUACCGAAGUCACAGAUGAUAAAUCAGGAGCCAGCACCUUGUUGACAAAAGAUGACAAUUCCAAUGAUAUUACUGCUGCUGAAAGCAAUUAACUGUAUGUUUUGAAUUCAGAAUUUUAGAGUUUUGCAACAAGGCAGUGGUUUUUACCAAACAGCACUGGAAGGAUUUGUUUGCCAGGUACUUUAAUGUGCGAACACAUUUUCAAAUUAAGUAGCAACAUUGGUGAUUGAUCACAGUAGGUGUGGUCAAUUUACAGUUAGUCAGGAACGAGAUUGGAGGGCUAUUUACCUUUUUAUAUUCCACUUUCUGUUUUCAAACUGUGGGACUUCAUGACUAACCUCAAAUCUUUUUAAAGCCUUAUUCACACUCCUAGUGCAGUGUUCAGAAAAGAAGGGGCCAAAAGUCUUAAGCAAUUUUGUGAGUGUUUGUAGAAUAAUUUAAGUAUGAAAGGGACAGUCAUUCCUGCAGCUUAUCCAGUUAGAAUUUUACAAGACACUGUCUUAUGAAGACACCAGAAUGCUGCAGAAUAAAAUGCAGCACUAAUUUUAAUGAGUCAGAAAGUGUUGAUAGACUAAUUUUACUGCUAGAUAGCAAGCUUAAUUUGGCACUCCGAGCCAUCUGCUAUGCUUUGCUUCUAGCCAAAAAGAGUAAACACAAGUGGAGAGGGGAAAUGAAGCCUACAACCUUUUUUACUGUUUGAAAUUUUUAUAUUUAGCUACAAAGCAAGUUUUCAGUGGACAGAUUUGUCACUUUAGGCAGCUGUUUUUCUGUUCAGAGAAUCUGGACAAUCACUGGAAACAAGGCACUGAGAAAUGGUCAGGUCAGUAGGAUUUAACAUGGGAAUCCUGUAUUCAAAGUGGUACAGUUUGAUUAAGUUAGCACCUUUGUAUAGGUCAGUUCAUUUAUCACAAAAUUCUCUAAAUUAGCUUGCUUGUGAAUUUCCUUUUACAAGUCAUAAACAUAGUUUUUUCUCUUCACUGCUAGAAGUAUCUUUUGCUGAAUAUGUUGAAAAGACAUUGUGUUUGGUAAAUAGUCAUUUCUGGUUUCCUUAAAUAUAUAGCAUUACUCCAGUCCAACAAACAAAUCUUGAGCCUUGAUUUUUUUUCUUCUUCUUAAAACCCUUAAGGCUUCUGUGCUAGUUUCUCUCCUCCUGGUUCUGGGACGUACUUCAUUCUGCAUUUCAAACAGGAUCUUCCCCCACCCAGCGAGUAUAAAUGUUUCAGUUUUAGUGGUGAGUUUUGCAGACUCUCUCUCUAGUCCUGUCACAAGGCACUUCCUUUGGAACAGUUCCAUACAUCACUGUAUCUAAUGGGUGGGGGAGCAGAAAUCAAUCAUGAAUAAGUAAUAUGUAUGGGGGGAGGGAUGGAAAUAGUACAUAUUCUUGAGAUGUACUAUUUAGCAUCCAUGGACUGUGCUAAAGCAGGGACAUCAAGCACACACAGCCAUUUCCUCCAGACCAGGGUAUUCCUGGCAGACCAGGGAAUUUAGAGGUGGGAGCUGCUCUAGGAUUCUUCAUUGAGCAUGGCUGCUAGUGGCAGGGGAUGAGGAAGGGCUAGGCUGCCACGGUUCUGCUUGUGCCACUGUCUCCAUCGCUGGUCCCACUACUUCCACAUCUGGAACUGGUCUAUGAGGAGCUCUACAGUACAGAUCUUGCCCAGGGCAAGUUUGAUUCCCACGUGCUAAAGAAAACACAAACUAAGAAAAUUCCACAAAUGAUAAAGAGAUUCUCAAGUCCGAAUCAGGAAAAAAAUCAAGUUUUUCAGGUUGGUGAGUUUGAACUCAGUUGUCUAUUGGAACAUUCACACCCAUGUGUUCAUACUAAGCAUUAGGAAAAAAAUCAAUUCCAAUUAUAGUAGAAGUACCUACUGCAUUGUUAUUCCCUUACAGCAAUCAGCAUCAAACUAUUUAAUUGAGGAUGUCAGUAACAGCAAGGAAUUUUUUUUCUUCAGUGUUCUGAAUUAAGACAGGUUGCCUAGAAUGGUUAUUAGCACUAUAAAGUUCACUUUUCCUAUUCAUUAAAGUGAAGGCCAAAAGGUAAAUUCUGUAUACCUGGAAUGGUAAGAUCUUAAUUACAUCCAGAAGCAGCCUUUAAAGCUUAAUCUUAGGUUCUCCCUUGCUCCCCACUCACCCUUGCUUUGGGUGCUUACAUAAAAGACAAUUCUUUCAAGGACAGCAUUAAAUGCUGAAGCAGGUUCAUUUAUUUCUGGGCCUGCUUCAGUGAGACUGCAGCCAAAGGAGAGAAAGUGAGGGCUUCUGUCCUGAAAAUCCAUGAAAGGAAGUUUCUCAAGGCCCAAAAGAAAACCUACUUUAUCAAUUAUUCUUUCCUCUCCUUCCUUGCCUUUUUUAACUAGAAAAUAUCCUAGCCCACUGCUAAAGUGAGGGUAAGUGAUGUCACAGUUUACUGCACAACUUCAUUGCAGCACUCUGUGACAAUUAGGAAGUAUAGAAUAGGACAGAGGUUGGCAACAUAUAGCCUAUGGAGCCACUGAAUCGCUGCAAUGGAAGUAGUAGUUUUUACAAGCUACUGUCAGGACAAGCAAGUCAGCUCUGCCUUGUCCCAAAAGGAGCAACACAAGUGCUUGUGAAAAAGUCAUCCCUUCUCAUUUUCCUCAUGGAGAUGUCUCUUCUGCACAACUGAAGAAGACAACAUGCUAGCAUAUUUUCAGUAGUCUAGAAUUACUGAACAGAUAGAAUUAUUUAAUGGAUACUUGAGAUAAUUAAAAGUUCUAGUUAUAGAACACAACUCAGAACACAACUCUUAAAUUGCAUUACUAUGAAGAGUUUAUGAGCUCACAAACUAAUAAUUCUGUUGGAUAUAAUUUUACAACGUCAGAAGCUUAAGGGAGGCUGGAAGUAAGUUUAAGAAAAGAAGCUAACAAGGUGCAAGGUAUCUGAAGAACAAAUUUUGUGCUACGCCUAUAUUUUAAAGUUAACUGCUGAUUCUCCUUGCCUCAAUGUCAUAUUAUGAAAGAAAAUGUAGUUGCGUUGGAGUGUUAUAGCAUUUGGUAUAACCACGUUCUGGACCUGAAAAAGGGGGCUUGGCCAACAGCUCUUUCUACAUAGUUGGUCCAGUAAAAGAUGUAAAAAAUACUUGUCUCUCAAAAGAAAAUGGAAAUUCAGAGAAGUGGCUGGCUUUAGAUAAAAUUAUACCAAAUCUCAGUGUUUUAGUACUUGGACUAAAUCAAUGUAGUCAAAAGUAAUUACAAACAGAUUUGGAUUCCAUUUAUUUUAAGCACACACACAUCAGCAGUUGGAAGUGCAUGGGAAAACCUAAGAGCCCAGUUUGUGUGAAUUGAUUAAAAAUCAAUAAAAUUCAAUACAGA